AUGGCAUGGUGGGGUCCGAUGUUGGCAGUGUCAGAAUUCCCUGGAGAGCGUAUGUGUGGCUUUUUACAAAAGAUCAACACAAAUGGGAAAGUAGAGGAAAUGGGACAAACGAUCAUGCGCCGAUUCUGUCACCAACAGAGGCUUCUAUGCAAAGCCCCCCCUCAAAGUGAUCCGGUGAAAGUGGUUCAGCGAAACAUUGGCGGCCUGUUUGAAAUGGACGAUAUUACUUAUACAAAGUUGCUGAUGUAUUGUCAGGCUCAGGACUCAUCGUGGGUCAACUGUCGUGUACUCCCGUAUCCAGAUGGGGCGCAGAUUCUGUCUGCAUAUGCACGCGAGGUUCGAGUUUUGAACACUCGUGCGGGUACGAAAUUUAGUAACAAAGCGGCCUCAAAUAUAGUCAAGGUGGAAAUCAAAGGGGAAUUCAAAUGGGCGAAGGUCUUGCAUAUACUAUUGUCGAAGGAUUCAACCGAACCUCUGGUGAUGGUGAGAUGGCUGGAAGUCGUAAGGGAUAUAGCCCUAGAUCAACUCUUAGAAAGGUUGAGUAUGGUACGGGUGAUUGCAAGCUCAAAGGAUGGAUUUAUCGCAGCAGCUUCAGUAGUAAGUACUCUUGCCCAUCGGGAGUUGCCGUGCUGGACUCUUGGAUAUAAUGGCCCGAGUCUGCUUUUAAUGGGUGUCAAUCCUGGUGAACAUGAGUAUGUUGUACCGGAUUACUCAGAGGAUCUGCAAUUGGAAGGAGCUGGAGACGCUAUGGACCUUGAUACGGACAUGGGUUGA